AUGCGCGCCCCUGGCUUUUGGUAUUGGGUCUCUCUCGCCACUCCAUGUCUCGCGGUCUAUGCCCCAUGGAAGCUAGGAAAUGGCUUUGAACUCACGGUGAAUGACAAUUCCAACCGUCUUUCUAUUACCCACAAUGGCCGAUCUAUUUGGGAGACUGUGCCAGGCCAGCCAUUCCUCAGUGCCAGCGCAGGAGAUGAUGAGGUGAUCGCCGCCAAUGGUAACUUCAAGAUCAACGAAGUAGACCAAAACAAAUGUACCGGUCAGAAUAUUAGCGACGUUGCUCUCCAGCCAUGGCACGACAGUGAGAAUGACCAUGCUGCGGUCAUCCAGGGUCGGCUCACCGGAUGUGGUGAUGCCACGGCUCGUUUCUCUGUCGCUUUCUGGGUCCCGUCGCAGUUCCCUGACCGCAUUGCUUUCAACGUUAAUGUCAACGCCGGAACUUCGUCGAAUGCGGCAACGAAGCUAUAUCUGACAUAUCGCUCUUCGCCAUCUGAAGAUUUCUACGGACUUGGUGCCCAGGGAUCGUUCGCCUCUUUCAAAAACCAGACGGUCCCCAUUUUCUCGCGCGAGCAAGGUGUAGGUCGUGGUGAUCAGCCCACAACUCGUCUCGAAAAUGAGGAUAGUUUUUUCGCCGGCGGAGAUAAAUUUACAUCUUACACUGCUGUCCCACAGUAUAUCAGCUCGAAAUCCCGGGUGUUUCAUCUGACACAGGAGAGCUCUGCCUACACUACCUUUGAUUUCACCAAUCUUAGUGCUGUCACUGUGCGAUAUGAUGCCCUGACUGUGGAUGGCUACUUUAUGCAAGCUGAGAACAUGCUCGACGGUAUUUCUAUGCUUACUGAUUAUACCGGCAAGAUGGCCGCGCUGCCCGAGUGGGUUGACACCGGUGCCGUGCUUGCUAUUCAAGGCGGGCAGACCAAGGUGAACCGUAUUGUCGACCAAGGGCUGGAACUUGAAUGUCCUAUUGCUGCAGUCUGGCUUCAAGAUUGGUCUGGAACACACUCACAGAGCGUCUCCUACAUGUCGCUGAAUGUAUCUCGUCUUUGGUGGAACUGGGAAUCUGACAGUACACUUUACCCUACAUGGAACGACUUCGUGCAGUCGCUGCGGGAUCAGCAUAAUGUCCGUACUCUGGCGUAUAUCAACCCCUUUUUGGCGAAUGUUAGUACAAAGCCUAACGGUUACCACAUAAAUCUUUAUGAUGAGGCCAGCAAGAGCCGCUACAUGAUCCAGAACUCUACCACCAAUAGCACGUCUGUUAUUUCCAGUGGCCCCGGCCUUGACGCUGGUAUUCUUGAUCUUACUAACCCUGUUGGACGAUCCUGGUUCAAGGAAGUCAUGCUCGAUCAAGUCUGGAGCGCUAACAUCUCUGGAUUCAUGACUGAUUUUGGUGAAUACACCCCAAUCUACCCCGACACUCACUUCUUCAACAAGAGCAUUGAUCCCUUCUUCUACCACAACACCUAUCCUCGGGAAUGGGCCGCUCUUCAUCAGUGGAUUGGAAAGAAUGUGUCCUCAUUCUCCGAUGCUAUCCUGUUUCACCGUUCGUCCUCCAUGGCAGCAAACCGGCAUAUGAACCUAUACUGGGCGGGUGACCAGGACACCAACUGGGGCGUCAACGAUGGUAUCAAGGCUGCCGUGACCAUCAUGGGCCACAUGGGUCUGUCAGGCUAUGCUCACGGCCAUAUGGAGAUCGGUGGAUAUACUACUACCUGGGACAAUAACGGUAUUGUGAACCGCUCUUCUGAGUUGCUCGGUCGCUGGGGCGAACUUGCCGCCGUCUCCAGUGUAGUCUUCCGUACCCACGAGGGCAAUGUCCCCCAAGUGAACGCGCAGUUCUACAGCAACUCUACCACCUACUCUUGGUUCGGUUACAACGCCCGCAUGUUUGCCAGUCUUGCGAAGUAUCGCCGCCGCAUCUUGGAAACCGAAAGCAAGAACUUGGGCUGGCCCUUGCUCCGCAUGCCCGUUGUCUACCACCCGGAUGACAGGAUUGCCAAGGCAAUCAGCCACCAGAGUUUCUAUCUCGGCUCUGAUUUGUAUGUAGCACCGGUGCUGGACCCUGGUCGCACUAGCGUGGAGGUCUACUUCCCUGGCAAGAAUCAAACUUUUACACACAUUUGGUCGGGCAAGAAAUACCACGGUGGUCAGACUACAUGUGUCUCCGCACCAUAUGGGAAGCCUGCGAUUUUCGUCGUUGGAACGCCGAAGAAUCAUGAUUUGGAUGACUUCUUGCAUUUCGUCCAUCGGGAGAAUAACACAAUUAUCCACUUCUAG